AGCAACGGGUUGGUUGUGCCACCGCAUCUCUGCAAAACUGUUUUACCGUGUUACGACCAAACGGAGCCUGUCUACGAACCCCAUACUACAGUCUCAAUUCAGCUCCAAUAUGACAGACAUGGAGAACAUGAAAAAGACGGCAGCGAAUGCCAUCGACGCAGCAUCGAAAGAUCUUCACGAACUGAGCAUGGACAUUUGGAACAAUCCUGAACUCAACUUCGAGGAGCACCACGCCCACAAAGUGCUUACAAACUUUCUUGACAAAACCGGUUUCCAGGUGCAAAGGCAUUACAAGUUGGACACAGCUUUCCGUGCUACCUACGACACCGGUAACACAGAUGGUUUUAACGUGUGUCUGAUUUCUGAAUAUGACGCUCUACCUGACAUAGGACACGCCUGUGGUCAUAACUUGAUUGCUGAGGUAGGCGUCGGUGCUGGACUUGGUGCAAAGGCUGCACUUGAAGCGGGAGGUCACAAAGUUGGAAAGUUGAUAGUACUUGGUACACCGGCAGAAGAAGGUGGUGGUGGAAAAAUCAAUUUGAUUGAAGCAGGGGCUUUUAAAGACAUUGAUGUAGCCAUGAUGGCACAUCCAACUGACAGGCAGAACAAUAUUCCAACACCAAAGCAAAUGGCUAUGAUUCAGAUGGAUAUCACCUAUACAGGUAAAGCUUCUCAUGCAGCCUAUGCACCCUGGGAAGGCAUCAACGCUUUGGACGCCGCUGUGAUGUUCUACCAGAACAUGUCAGUUAUGAGACAACAAUUGAAACCAACAUGGAGAACUCAUGGCAUCAUAUCCAAUGGUGGUGCAAAACCUAACAUCAUAUCUGAAAAGUCAGAGCUUGUAUAUUACCUGAGAACACCAAGCAAUGCCGAGCUACCAGCUUUGCAAGAGAAAGCAAUACAGUGUGCCAAAGGAGCAGCUCAAGCAACUGGUUGCAAUGUUGAGUACAGUUUCAGUCAACAUUACGCUAAUGUGAUACACAAUGCUACGCUGAUAGAUUACUACAGAAAAAAUGCAGAGUCCCUCGGAAUGAAACUGUUCACACCUGAGCAAUGUGACAAGGCAUCUGCCGGUUCUACUGAUAUGGGAAAUGUUACCCAUGUCGUACCUGGAUUCCAUCCCAAGUUUGGUAUCGGUUCUGAAGCUACUACCCACUCACGAGGAUUCACAGUCACAACAGGGACACCAGAGGCCCAGAUUCCAACACUGACGCAAGCCAAGGUGCUAGCAAUGACUGCACUUGAUGUCUUCUUUCAAGAUGGGGCGAUGGAUAAAAUACAGGCUGAUUUUAAGAAAGAUAUCGAGAAAGAGGAAAUGAUGAAAGUAAAAUUGUGAUAUACUGGUACACAUACAAAAUUUACUGUUAAUUUACACCAACGUCAUGUUCACGGGAAAUGACUUUUUCAAGUGCAAUAAAUAAGACCAAC